AUGGCCUGUGUUGGUCUCAUCUCUCUUCUCCGAACACUAGACUUGCAGUUCUUAGAGCCACGACCAAUCUUGGUUGUUGAUUACAAGGAUGAAAUCCAGUGUCUUCAUCAAAGGCUUUCUGUUUUAGUAGCCCUUCUCGAGGAAUCUGAGAAAAAGCUCGAUGUUAGCGAGGCCGAGAGAGAUGUUAUUGCAAGAGUUAAAGAAAUAAGUUUCAGAGCUGAAGAAGAGAUUGAAUCUGAAGUAAUGGAGAUCCUUUCCAAUGGAGCUUCUCAUGAAACACUCCAUCAAAUCUUGCAACGUCUUGUAGAAGACACUGAAAGGCAUAUUCAGUGUAUUGAGCAAAGAAACAUUACCCAAAUAUCGUUAUUAUCAUAUAAUCCCCAAUCAAACCAAGAGCACAUCAUACCUGGUGGAGGUUCAAAGCUGGAUAAUGAUGCAAUGGUAGGGCAUGCCGAAGAAUUGGAGAGGACGAAGGAGAUGCUCCUUCAACGCUUCACUCAACGACGACAAGUUAUAUCCAUUGUCGGCAUGGGAGGCAUUGGCAAGACAACUAUGGCCAAAAACAUCUACGAUGAUCCAUCAAUAAGAUCCCACUUUGAUGUUCUUGGUUGGGCAACCGUGUCUCAACAUUAUGAUCUGCGGAGAAUUCUCCACGACCUCUGCAUUUGUGUUGUACAAAUGACUGAUGAACAAAUCAGUGAGGUGAAAAGCAGUGUUGACCUAGCAGACAAAGUACGUCGGUACUUGAUGGGUCAAAGGUAUCUUCUUGUGGUGGAUGAUAUAUGGGGCAGAAGAGGAUGGGAUGAUCUACAAAGAUGCUUCCCAGAUGAUUCCAACGGUAGUCGAAUAUUAUUGACUACUAGACUCAAAGAGGUAGCAGAUUACAGUGGAUGUUCAGGUAAGUAUGUUUGCAACUUGCCUUUCCUAAAUUCAAAUGAAAGUUGGAAACUAUUUUCCCAAAAGUUGGGAAGCAUAAUAUUGCCUCUUGAAGUCAAAGAAAUUGGUAGGCAAAUUGUUAAUAAAUGCCAAGGAUUACCACUUGCUAUUACUGUAGCUGCAGGGCUUCUCUCCAAAACCAAAAAGUCAGUAGAAAAUUGGCAGAGUAUUGCGUCAGCAAUGGAUUUUCCAAUGACUUCAGAUCUUCAUGAUCAAUGCUCAACCAUACUCACCCUCAGUUACAACAACUUGCCUUACCAUUUAAAAGCUUGUUUCUUAUACUUUGGAGUCUUUCCUAAAGUUAGAAGAGAAAUCCCCACAAAGGAUCUUCUCAAUUUAUGGAUUGCCGAAGGAUUUGUUAGGGAAGAUAGUGGUACAAGUUUGGAAGAGGGUGCCAUGGAUUACUUACAAGAUCUGAUUGACAGAAAUCUAGUGCUUAUUAGCAAGCUAAGUUUCAUUGGCAAUAUUAAGACAUGUAGAAUGCACGAUUUGUUGUUUGACUUGUGUUUGAGAGAAGUAGAAAAAGAGAAGCUUGUGUCUGCUUUUCGUUUAAAGAGUGAGAAUGUUGUUGAAUUGGGUGACACCGAGCCUUUGUUUGAAUAUGCAAACCGUUGGUUAACAUUUCAAUCAGUGAACUUUCGACCCAAAUUCAGUGACAACUAUAAUUUCUACAAAUCUCGUACCCUUUUGUUCUUUUAUGGUGCUUCUGGAUAUCCUGGGAUUCCUGUAUCUUGGAGACAAAAUGUGUCUUUCACGAUGAUAAGGGUACUGGACCUAAGGACAAUUAGCUUCAAUGAGGCUUCAAACAUUGACUUCUCGGAUUUGAUUCUCUUAAGGUACCUAGCUUUGAAUAAAAUUAAGUAUGUAAGGAUGCUGAAAAAUCAUCACAGCUUACAAACUCUAAUUGUUAAGUUUAAAAAUUCAUGCCGUAUAGAGGAAAUCCAAAGUGAUGAGAAGGUUGGCAGUGAAUGGUUGCAAGGUUUAUGGGAGUCUAAAAAUUUGAGGUUUAUUAAGUAUCCCUAUCUAUUCCCAAUAAGUAUUGAUGAUGUCCCAGUUCAACAUAAUUUACACACUCUUUAUUGGGUUCCUUAUCUUCGGUGUAUCAAAGAAUUUGUUUUGAAGAUUCCAAAUGUUAAAGUGUUGGGGAUUAGAUGCUGUGAAACAUUUGAAUAUCAAACCAAAACCUGGUGGGAUACUCUCCACUACUUAACUAAGCUUGAGAAACUAAUAGUUGAAGAUUUUGACUCCGCACCAUUAGAACUUCCAAGUAUUAAUUCAUUUCCCCAAAGCCUUAAGGAGUUGAAAAUUGUGGAAACAAUACUCGGUUGGGAAGCUAUUACAAUCAUUAGUAUGUUGCCAAAUCUUGAAUCACUCAAACUUCUCAAAGCCUAUUACAUGGAGAUGAGUGGGAAACUGGAGACGCUUAGCAUUGCAUCACUGCCACAACUUUUGGAAAUGAUCCCCGAAGACUUUGCAAACAUUACUACGUUGCAAUUGAUUGAGUUGAAAGAUUGUUGUCUUUCUCUUGUGGAGUCAGCUAAGAACAUUCAAGAAGAGCAAAUCUCGUAUGGAAAUGAUCUACUUGUUGUUCGUGACUAUGCACUUGGAGUUGGUAGGGUUUGA